AUGAAGAAAUCAAAAGACGGUAGCAGCAACAUAGCAGUGUCCGGAGCAGGAGACCCUCUAAAUGCUAAGAGUGGAAAGGGCCCAGUGGCUCAGCUCAUCUACCCAACUCGGGAAAAAUUGACUCCCAUGGAGCUGCAAUUCAUGCAGCAGGUGCAACUGCCCCAGUGGCAGAAGACGCUGCCACAGCAGCGGACCCAGAACACAGUGACAGACCUGGGCAUCGGAGCCCUAAAGCUUUCUAUUUAUGGUUACACUUUCUACUCAGUUUCACAGAAACGUUUCCUAGAUGAACUAGUGGAUGAGGCCAAAGCUUCCAGAGCCAGAGCCAUGGCAAGAGCAUCGAGCUUCUGA